AUGGCUUCUUACAACUCCGAGGCUCCUCUAUUGAAUACCUAUCAAGCUGUUGUCUCUGCUUACAGUGAUUUCCUCACCGUCGUCAUCCACACCAUCCUCUAUGAGCGGAAUAUCUACCCUCAAACCUCAUUCAUCAAGGCGCGUAAGUACAAUUAUCCUGUGAGACAGAGCAGACACCCAAAGCUGUGCAAAUGGAUAAUGGAUGCUGUUGCUUCGGUGGAGGCGGAGAUGUUGAAGUGCACCGUUGCGCAAACCUCAGUCAUUAUUCAUGCACCUCCGCCUAGCUCUAAGCCUCUCGAACGCUACGUCUUCUCCACUGCGUCCUUUCCCCGCAUACAAUCCUCAGAAACGCUCACGACUUUCGCUUCUCCACCUGCUAGCGACCAAUCCGCAAGCACCGAGAAGCCACCCGAUGUGCCCUCAGCCGCUACACCAAGACCUGCCGACCUUAAAAAGUUCAACCCUCCACCUACAUCCGACCUCCCAGAACAAUUCCGCGCUACUCUUGCCCGGCUAUCCACUUCUCUGACUCGCCUGAACCCUUUGCCAGAAGACUGCAGCUUUACCUUAGCCAUCGAAUUGCGAGAUGAAGAAGUGGUGGACGCGCCGAUAGGAAGGGGAGAUCGCUGGGUCGCUGCUGAGCCGGGCCUCCAGAAAGAACGGAGAAGGGAUGGUAAUGACUAUGGAGGUUUCGAGGGUAGCAGUGGCGAUACAGAGGUCGUCGAGGUUGGACUAGAUGAAAGUAAGAAGGGGAAAGAUUUGGGAGGAGUGCGGACCACGCCGGUGAGAGCGCUCGAAGCCGGAGCGUUUAGGAUGGAGGUAUGGAUUGAAGAAGGGAGAGGAAAAUUCCAGGCGCAAGUGGAAGAGGACGACGAGUAUGAGUAUGAGUAA